GCAGGAGGUGGCAGGGAAUGGGGGUGAGGCUUGGCAAUGUGGGAACAUUGGCAUGGGAAGCAGCAGGUGUGGGGACAUGGUGCUCUCGAAGGCCAUCAGCACCACUGCUGGCACCUGCCCCCUGAGCAACCCUGUGGCACCUGUGGGGUUUGGCUGGUCUUGGCCAUGUCGAGCAUGAGAUAACGGGACCUUGUCCCUGAGGGGUGGUGGUGUGGGGGGCUGUGCCCUGGGGCAGAUGGUGCUCGAGUUUGGGGUACAGCAGGGCUGACCAGCACCCCACAGAGAGCAGUGUGGAUGGGGCACCCACCAGCUGCCCCCCAGGAGGGACCCUGCCCAUCCCAGAGCAGGGCCAGGUGUCUCUGCCACGUCCCAUCAGGGUGCCAGCACACCAUGGGCAGAUGUGGCCGUUCCCAGGCAGGACAGGGAGUGUGAUAAGAUGGGGCGAUGGGGCUGAGGAACCCCGUGCCCCCAGCGUGGGAGAGUCCCCACAUGGCAGCGGCAGGAGGGGCCACUCCAAGGUCCCCAGGCCCUAUAAGAAGGCUGAGCAGCCCCAGUGCAGCACCUUUGGUCAAGCACAACCAUGCUGGGAGCCAUCUGUCUCGUCGUGCUGCUGGGCUACGCCUACGGAUGCGGCCAGCCGGCCGUGCCACCACAGCUGGGCACCCGCGUGGUGGGCGGUGAAGACGCCGUAGCCCACAGCUGGCCCUGGCAGAUCUCGCUGCAGUACAAGAGCUCUGGAUCUUGGUAUCACACUUGUGGCGGGACCCUGAUUGCCCCUCAGUGGGUGCUGACGGCCGCCCACUGCAUCAGCUCUUCAUUGACGUACCGUGUGGUGCUGGGCAAGCAGGACCUGUCGGUGGAUGACGAGCCCGGCUCGGUGGCCGUGGGUGUGGAGAAGACGAUUGUCCAUGAGAAGUGGAACUCCUUCCUCAUCAUCAACGACAUCGCCCUGGUCAAGCUGGAGGAGGAAGUGCAGGAGAGCGAUACCAUCCGGGCUGCCUGCCUGCCUGACGCCGACAAGAUCCUGCCCAACGACUACCCCUGCUACGUCACUGGCUGGGGACGCAUCAGGAGUAAGCAGGGGGUCCCCAGAGGGUCCCUGGGGAGGGGGUGCAGGCACAGGGUUUGUGAGGUACGAGGUUUGCAUGUCAUUACAGCCAACGGGCCCCUGGCCGAUGUCCUGCAGCAGGCUCUGCUGCCCGUGGUGGACUACGAGACCUGCUCGCAGUGGAACUGGUGGGGCAGCACCGUGCGCACCACCAUGGUGUGUGCUGGUGGUGAUGGUGUCGUCUCUGGCUGCAAUGGCGAUUCCGGCGGCCCCCUGAACUGCCAGCGCGAGGACGGGAUCUGGGAGGUGGAAGGGAUCGUCAGCUUCGGCUCCGGGCUGAGCUGCAACAUGAUCAGGAAGCCCACGGUGUUCACCCGCGUGUCCGCCUACAUCGACUGGCUCAACGAGAAAAUGAGCUCCAACUGAGGACUUGGCACGUGGAGAUACAAGUGUUGAGUGUGAUAAAGGCAAAAGUGC